AUGUCCUCUCACAGAAUAUCGGUGCCCGCGAGCAACAUGGAUAGGUUCUGUCAGCUCCCCGCGGAACUCCGUGCAGCAGUCGUUGAGAAUGUCGUCGAUCACUGGCGCUACGGCGAUGAGUCCGACUCACUCGCUGACUACGCCUUGGUCUGCAAGGAGUGGCAGGCCAUCGUCGAGCGUUUCAACUUUUCCGUCUUGAAAGUCACCCUGGCUAACCUGGACGACUUUGAGUCCUCCAUGGUCGGCUCUCGUCGCCGUCUCGUCAAGCAGAUUAAUCUUCACGUUGAGCUGCCCACCUACGACAAUGAUCCCUGCGAAAAGAAGGAGACCUGGGAGGACAAGGCCGAGAAUAACGCCUUCUUCACUCUGGCCUUUUACCGUCUGUUUGACAUCAUGAGUUCCUGGACACCCGAGGACUCGUACCGCGGAGGCGUCGAUUUCACACUAAGCAUCUCCUCACCCAGCGACCUCCGCAACGCCAACUUUGAGCUUUGGCAGCGGCGUAGGUGGAAUAUCAAAGACAUUGGCGAAAAGCGGUUUGCAGACUCCUGGAUAGACUUUGUUGGCCAGGACGAGGAAUUUGACCGGGUCAACCGCCUGCCCGAGGUCAAGGUGAUAAGAUCAUUCACCGUGAGCCCUCAGAACCACCGCGCACUGAUGCCCGCCGCGCACGCCGACAUCAUCGCCAGGCUUCCCGGAUUGCGGGAGGCAUGCUUCGACAUCACCAAGGACCGAAAGAAGGAGACCCGUAAAAUCCACUUCAACCAAUUCGCCGGCUCCAUGACAAAGUGGCCCACCUCACUCGAGUCGCUCACAAUAGCGUCCAACACGAUAUCAUCGUGGCGCCAGAUCCCGCACGAGACACUCGCUGAAGGCGACAGCGGUACUAAGCUCUGUGAGAAGCUUCGCCGAGCCGCUCAGCACCUCACGCACCUCAACAUCACCAACGUCGUCCGGAUCCGGGAAUUCCUACGCCCUCACUGGCCCAUGGGUACGGAAGACACCGAGCCGUUCCUGGCGAACCGCUCAUACUACCCAGAGUUCUGGCACCUUGAGACUCUGCACAUCUCUUAUGGAUCCAUCUGGUACAACACCGAGUGGCACAAGCAGAGCGAUAACAUCAACGAGUCCUCUGAGCUAGUUGACUUCCGCCAGAACGUGUCCCUCGCUGCCGCCCGGCUGGCGCACACGAUGCCCAAGCUGAAGCACCUGACCAUCAAGCAGCGGCCUCUAAUGUGGGCCGGCAAGCAUGAGCUCGAGUACAAGGUCGAGGACGGCGAUAAGGCGAAGCUGACCUGGACGAGCACGUUCGACUUCAAGCCGUGGGAGCGAACCGUGGAGGCGUGGGCCGAGGUGGCGGCCCGGCAUGAGAGGAAGCUCGAAUCUCGCAUCACGACGGGGGCUUGGCAUACUGACGGCAAAGCGCCCCUUCUUCCGUCUCUCACUUUUUGA